AUGUCUGAUAUUGAAGAACAACAAAUCGUCGUUGAAGAAGAAGUCGUCGUUGAGGAAGAAGCAUCUGUUACUUUAGAAGACUGUAUCAAGAAGGUCUUGAGAACCGCUUUAGUCCACGAUGGUUUAGCAAGAGGUUUAAGAGAAGCAACCAAGGCUUUAACCAGAGGUGAAGCUCAAUUAUGUGUUCUUUGUGAUGCUGUUACUGAAGAUGCUAUCUCCAAGUUGGUUGAAGCUUUAUGUAACGAAGGUGACAACAAGAUCCCAUUAAUCAAGGUCUCUGACGCUAAGCAAUUAGGUGAAUGGGCUGGUUUGUGUCAAGUCGACAGAGAAGGUAACGCUAGAAAGGUUGUUGGUGCUUCUUGUGUUGUUGUCACUAACUGGGGUGCUGACUCCGAAGAAAGAAACAUUCUUUUAGAAUCUCUUUCCCAAUAA